UUUUUUUUACACGCAAAAGGAUAUCUUUGCAACUCCAUUCUAUAAAUUUUCCAAUUUUCUAUGCAAAAUAUUGAAAAUGGCCACUAAAUGCAAUAUUCCGGUGAUUGAUCUUCACGAUUUCCCCAAUCAAUCAUCCAAAUUGAUGGCAGCUUGUGAAGAAUGGGGAUGUUUCAGGUUGCUUAACCAUCACGAAGUCCUUCCCUCAACACUAAUGUCUGAGAUGAAGUUGGUAGUCAGAUCACUCUUCGAUUUACCGGUGGAGAUCAAGCGCCAGAACCUCGAUGUGAUUGCUGGAAGUGGAUAUAUGGCUCCGACAGCAAAGAACCCGUUGUACGAGGCACUAGGAUUGUACGACAUGGCUUCUAGUCGUGACGUUCAAACCUUUUGUUCUCAAUUGGAUGCUUCACCUCAUCAAAGAGGGAUAUUGACUAAAUACGCUGGAGCGGUACAUGAACUUUUUAUGAGGAUCGGAGAGAAAUUAGCUGAAGGUUUAAGGAUAAAAAGUGAAAAUAUUGGGUUUGAGAGUUGGCCAUGCCAAUUCAGGAUAAACAAAUACCACUUUACCCCUCAAAGUGUUGGGUCAUCUGGUGUCCAAAUACACACAGACUCUGGUUUCCUCACCAUCCUCCAAGACGAUGAAGACGUUGGUGGUCUAGAAGUCAUGGACAAGUCCAGCCACUUCAUCCCCGUAGACCCAUGGCCCGAUUCGCUUCUUGUUAACCUCGGUGACAUGGCAACGAUGUGGAGCAAUGGAAGAUUUUGCAAUGUGAAACAUAGGGUGCAAUGCAAAGAAGCAACAACUCGUGUGUCGAUUGCAUCUUUCCUUUUAGGACCAACAGAGGCAAUCGAACCACCACCAGAACUGAUGAACGCUGAUCAUCCCCGUGUCUACGUGCCUACCACUUAUGAAGACUACAGGAAGUUGAGGUUAUCCACAAAUCUGCAUGCAGGCGAAGCUCUCGCACUACUGCAGACGCAGAGUUCUCAAAACUGA